AUGGCCAGCCGAAUACCAGAACAGCACGAACAGAUACCGCCAACCCACCGCAGAUCUCACUCCCUCCAGGCAUCCACCCUCCGCCCAGCCUACCACUCCCGAUCACACUCAUCCACCGAACACCACCCGCCCUCACCCAACUCAGACGAACAGUCCCCCCCAUCCUCAGACUCAUCCCUCGCCGAGCUCCACCACCAGAAAAAAUACCACCGCCACCACCAGCCCAGCAAAGACCAUCUGCUCACCCACCACCUCAAACACCCGCACACCCACAACACCCACCACGCCUCCCGGAGAGCAAACGCCAUCCUCAUCGCCGCACUCACCAUCACCGCAUCCCUCUCCUCCAUCCUGCUCGCCAUCGCCACCACCCAGCUCGCCCAGCUGCCCCUCGCAACCCUGCCCAUCCUCGAGUUCCUCGCCCUCUCCCUCAUCACCCGCCUGCCCAUCCUCAACCUCCACAUCCAGAACCCCUCCGACCCCUCACAGCCACAACCCCCAGCUACCCAAUCGGCCGCCUCAUCCCCCCCGUCUACCCAUCCCCGCCCAUACAGAUUCGCCGGAUGGAGACUCCUCCUCAGGUUCACCCUCCCCACAGCCCUCCUCAGCCUGCUCUCCUCCUGGGCACGCACCGAAAUCGCCGGCCGCGCAGGGUGCGGGACAUGGCAAGCCUUUGACAUCUAUGCGCUGCCGAUCGCCGUCCUGGCCCUCUCCCGUCUGCCGUCGAUCAAGCAGCCGAGCCCGCAACUAGUGGGCACAGUAUCCGUCCUGGCGUUCACAGUGACGCUGCAAUUCUACGGCGGGGCGCGAGUGUACCCGUUCCAGAUCGUCCUGGGGGUGCUUUCGGCGACGAGCCAGGCGCUGUAUCUGGCCCAUCUGAAGACGUGGCUGCUGUCCUUCCCCCAGCAGAGUCCGACGCGUGCGCUGGCCCACUCGGCGCCCCUGGCGCUGCUGAUGGUCGUCCUCCCGCUACUGGCGACGACGGUGUACGAGACGCUGGUGAGUCGGACGGGGCCGACGGGCGUGGUUGGGCGUUUGUCGAUGGACGGCGCGGUCUGGCUGGCGCUGUAUCUGGUCGCACGGCUGGCGGAGCGGCUGCUCGAGCUCUGGAUCGUCGCCCGUUUCCGCUCCCCGAUGGCCGUCCUGCUGGUCGUCCCGCCCCGUAACCUGCUCUCGCUGGGCCUCGCGGAAGCCUUCCGGGUCUAUGUCGGCCGCCUGGGCUCGGCCCAAGCCGCCGUCAGCUACCUCGCCGCCAUCGCCGCCCUCGUCCAGGCCCUCCCCGACCUCGCCCGUCUCGGAACCCACGCCGCACUCGUCCUCCGCAACCGCUGCGCCUCCCAUCCCCGCCUCCUCCCCGCCAUCAGACGCAGGUCAUCCACUUACACCGACCACGACGCAGACACCGUCGUCGAGAAGUCGCCCGACCAGGAGCGCUCCUCCCUCGAGCACCACCGCCCGGACUCCCGCCCGCACAUCCACCACCAUCGUCGCCACCAACGCGACAACAACGACGACAACAACGACGAAGACGACGACGAGGAGGAAGAUGAUGGGUACGGCCGGCAGAGCUCUCCGGCGCGGUUCCGGAAGCCGUUCGGGGACGGGACCGGGUACCGAUGCCUGCGGAGACGCAGACAGAAGGCGGGCUGGGCGGGGCUGUUCCGGGUGGUGGCGUUUGGCCCGCUGUGUAUGCUGCUACUCCUGGAGCUUGUCUGGCAGCCGCCGGUAGGCGUGCCUGUCGCGGAGCCGUCGACGGGCACGCUGCGGAAGGCGGGCUCGGUGGACCUGGUGUUCUCGUAUUACAACGAGCCGCUGACGCGGUUCUUCGAGGCGGUCGACCACGUCCGUCGGCGCUCGGUGCUCUCGCUGCAGAACCCACGGGUGGUGGUGUACGUCAAGCAUCCGGACACCUCUCUGACGACGAUUGCGAAUGUGGUGGGGGCGGACGAGGUGGUGCGGCUGCCGAACGUGGGGCGAGAGGGCGGCACCUAUCUCACCCACAUCCUCAAGCACUACAACGCCUCCCUCGGCCCGCUCGCCUCGAGCGACCCGGCCGUGCUCGAGAGCCCCCAGUUCGGCACCGAGCGACUGCUCGCCGCUCCCCCCGUCCGCGGCCUCGCUGACCACACCGUCUUCAUGCAGCCCGAGAUCUCCUGGCAUUGGAUCGCCAAACCCCGCAUGGACCUCUUCGAUCCCUCCUCCACCGGCUUCCUCUCCUUCGGCCCCUAUCUCGUCUCCGUCUGUGGACAGGACGGGCUCGGGAACGGCAACUACGAGCGGAUGCGAGAUAUCUACACGAUGUUCUAUAACUCCUUCUGUCCUCCGACGGGCCAACUCGCAUCCUAUGCGGGCCAAUUUGUCGUUUCACGGCGCCGGAUCCUGGCGAACAGUUACACGCAGUACGGGCAGAUGCGGGCCCUGCUCGAGGCGCCGACGGGGCACUGGAUCCACCGGGAGGGCGGGUGGCUGAAGUGGAAGGGCGCGACGGACACGGGCCCCGCCGAGCCGCCCACCGGGCCCCGCGCGCCCUUCCUCGGCCACGCCCUCGAGCGCUCCUGGCCCGUCGUCUUCGGCUGCAGCGACCCCGCCGUCGCCGAGGCUUGUACCGACGACGUCAACGACAAGGCUCUCUGCCAGUGCUCUGAUUAA